GAGCUGCCGCUUUGGGGCGGAGGGUCACGUGAGACCUCUGGGUGCUGUGGCAGGAGGCUAAACGCUACGGUUAAGGAGAGUCCGGUGUAACCGUCACCGGGAAGCGCGCUCUAUCCGGAUCUCGGAGCGGGCUGAGAUAGUGAAUUCCUUUGAAGAAAAGAAUGGAUUGCCUAUUAGCUGCUCUCUAAGUAUUUGGACUCCACGGUGUGCAUGUUUGUUGCAAAGGCCGAAAGAAGAUGGCAACUCCUUAUGUCCCAGUUCCCAUGCCCUUAGGAAACUCUUCUUCCAGCUUUACAACCAACAGAAAUCAAAGACGUUCUUCUUUUAGUAGCAUCUCAACAAGCUCAAACUCCUCCAAAGGCCAAUUAGAAGACUCAACUAUGGGUAAUUGUAAACAGACAGGUGUUCCAGAGCACACGGAUAGCACCUCUGUCUGUAGCAGUCCCCUCAUUAGGACUAAAUUCACAGGUGCUGAUUCUUCCAUUGAGUAUUCUACUCGACCAAGAGAAACUGAAGAACAAAACCCCGACACCGUGAAUUGGGAAGAUAGACCAUCUACACCUACCAUACUCGGUUACGAGGUGAUGGAAGAAAGAGCUAAAUUUACAGUAUAUAAAAUACUAGUAAAGAAAACCCCAGAAGAGAGCUGGGUAGUUUUCAGAAGAUAUACUGACUUCUCUAGGCUUAAUGACAAAUUAAAGGAGAUGUUUCCAGGCUUUCGACUUGCACUUCCACCAAAACGCUGGUUUAAAGAUAAUUAUAAUGCUGACUUUUUAGAAGAUAGACAAUUAGGAUUACAAGCAUUUCUUCAAAAUUUAGUAGCUCACAAGGACAUUGCUAACUGCCUUGCAGUGAGAGAAUUUCUUUGUCUGGAUGAUCCACCAGGUCCAUUUGAUAGCCUAGAAGAGAGCAGGGCUUUCUGUGAAACUUUAGAAGAGACUAACUACCAUUUACAGAAAGAACUACUUGAAAAACAGAAAGAGGUGGAAUCACUGAAGAAACUACUCCAUGACAAGCAACUUUAUAUAGACACUUUAGAGAACAGAAUCAGAACAUUAUCUUUGGAACCUGAAGAAUCACUGUAUGUGUCAGGAGCAGAAAGUGGACAGAUCCUAAAGGUGGAGUCCUCUGCCCUUGAGAUCGAUCAGGAUGUCUUGGAUGAAGAAUCUAGAGCUGAUAGUAAGCCACACUUAAGUUUUAGUGAACCUGAGAACACUAUAUCAGAGAUCGAAGUAGCGGAAGUUGCAUAUAACGCUGAAGAAGACUAAUAAAUCACAAGAAGUUCCCUCCAUCUCCGUGGUUCAGCCUUUAGAAUAGAGUGGCAAAUACUGUUUAAAAAGAAAAAAACGAACUGUGAAGCUUUUACAGAAAAGAGAAAGAAUGCACAUGUAUAAAGUUUACAUAAAGAAAGGGGUUUUUUUAUAAGUUAUUGGGAUAGGAAAUAUAUUCACUGCUGCUUUUAAACAUCUUUUAUCCAGCCUUGUAUUUACACUAAAAAAAAUAAUCUUCUUACACUUCUGUAUCAAGCUCACAUUCUUAAAUCUUGUGCAUAAAUUAUGAUGGAAUUUUGCCUAUAUAUGGUUCCAAACUUGUGUGUGUGUGUGUGUGUGUGUGUGUGUGUAUGUGUGUGUGUGAAAUCACCAGUUACAUUAGUCUAAUGAAAAUUAGUUGCAUGUAGGGACCAGCAGUUAGUGUAAUGGCUAUGUCGCUGGACUCCCAUGUAGACAGCCACAGUUCGAGUCCCAGACCUGGUG